AUGGACUGUGGGACGAUAUGCCCGAUUUGUUUCUCAGAAUACACAACUAAGGGAAACCACAGAGUAGUGUCUCUUCAGUGUGGGCAUUUGUUUGGAAGCCAAUGUAUUCAAAAGUGGGUAGGAAAGAAAAGCAAGAUGCAAUGCCCACUAUGCUCUGUUCAAAGCACAAAAAGACAGAUAAGGCCAGUAUAUGCGUCAAAGAUAGUUGCCAUAGACACAGAAAACGAACAGAAACUGCUAGAAAGAUGUCUGAGGGAAGAAAAGGAAAAAAACGAAUAUAUUGAGAUUUGUACAGGGCUUAAGGCGCAAAUAGAGGCAUUAAAAAUGGAGUUACUACAUGCUAAGGAAGAAAAAACGGAAAACACCUUCCUUAUACAUAAGCAUAAGAAAUUUAGCAUCAAUGCUGGGUUUAAUACAGCGAACUCCAUAAUAUGGUAUGAUGAAUCAAAUUGCACUAUGAUUGUCACAAGAAAGAGCGGGAAGAAUGUAGGAAUACAAAAAUUCGAAUCCUAUGACUUCAGUAAGUCCGAAUUCAUUGUUCUGGGAGAAGGCCCACCCAUAAAAAAUAUGUCUCUAAGCCCGUUCAAUGAGGAUCUUGGGCUCCUUCCUAUUGGAAAUGUAUUAAACAUUGUCAAUAUAUACAAUGGAAACGUGGUGGCGAAGUACAUAGCUCAUAAUCAAAUAGAAAGUACAUGCUUUGACAAAGAUGAUAGGAAUACAAUAUAUUGUGGAGAUGAUAAAGGGAGUGUAUACUUCAUUAACAUUUCGUCUUGUGAACCGCUUAAGAUUCUCAAGGUAUCUGACAUUUCCAUCCAUUCCAUAUGUAAAAAGGGUUUGGAAGUCUUUGCCUCCACAAUAUACCAGACAUACAGAAUUAUCUUCUCAGGGGACUGUAUUCCCUGCAACUUAGAGAUGGAACCCUACUCAAUAUGUACCAACAUGUCAGCUUAUGGGAAUCAUCUCCUGCUGACAUUUAGAAGCUUAGACCUGCGGGUAAAGCAUUUUAUAUACGGGAAGAAGGAAGUCUGUUUGAGCCUGGGGAUAAAGCAAGCAAAAAAGCAUAGAGAUAGGAUCCAUAGAGAUCACAUAUACAUUGUAGAUGACGAAAGAAGCUCUAUCAGAGUUUUGAAGCUUCAUUCUCUUGAAGUGAUAUAUACCUAUACUUUCAAGGAAAGGGUCUUGGACUUCUUUGUAUGUGAUACAUUCUUAUUUGUUCUAGCGAAGUUUGCUAUUCAUAUAUUCUCAAACAAUACCUAG